AUGGCUACGCACGAGGGUAGCGAUACAGAACGAGAUGGAGUAGCCCCAGAAAAGUCCUCUCCAGAAAGAGAGAAGAAAAAGGAACAAUCAGAUGCCUCUAGUUCUCCCAGAACAUCAAAGCAUCAUUACUCAAGAUCACGCUCACGGUCAAGGGAAAGAAGACGAAAGUCAGAUACUGAAGGAAGAAAACACAGAAGCCGGAGCAGAAGCAAAGAGGCAAGAAGACAUGAAUCCAAAGAGAAGUCCUCAAAGAAGCACAAAUCUGAAGACCACAAUGACAAAGAACAUUCUUCUGACAAGGGAAGAGAUAGCCUAAAUUCAUCUGAAAAUGGUGAGGAUAGACAUAAACGCAAAGAGAGAAAAUCAUCGAGAGGGAGGAGUCAUUCAAGAUCCAGGUCUCGUGAAAGACGUCAUCGUAGUAGAAGUCGUGAUAGGAAAAAGUCCCGAUCUCGCAGCAGAGAGAGAAAACGGCGUGUAAGAUCUCGUUCUAGAUCAAGAUCUAGACACAGACAUAGAAGUAGAAGUAAAAGCAGAACUAGGAGUAGAAGCAGAGAGCGAAAGAAAAGAAUUGAAAAGCCCCGAAGGUUCAGCGCACAGGAAGCAUUAGCCAGAAGACUGGAAAGAGCAAAGAAGCUGCAAGAACAGAGAGAGAAAGAAAUGGUUGAAAAACAGAAACAACAAGAAAUGGCUGCAGCAGCUGCAGCCACUGGAGGUUCUGUUAUUAAUGUUGCUGCUCUUCUGGCAUCGGGAACACAAGUAACUCCUCAAAUAGCAAUGGCAGCUCAAAUGGCAGCACUACAAGCAAAAGCACUAGCGGAGACUGGAAUAGCUGUGCCUAGCUAUUAUAACCCAGCAGCAGUGAACCCAAUGAAAUUUGCUGAGCAGGAGAAGAAGCGGAAGAUGCUUUGGCAAGGCAAAAAGGAAGGGGAUAAAUCACAGUCUGCAGAAAUAUGGGAAAAAUUAAAUUUUGGAAACAAGGACCAAAAUGUCAAAUUCAGAAAACUGAUGGGCAUUAAGAGUGAGGAUGAAGCUGGCUGUAGUUCAGUUGAUGAAGAGAGUUACAAAACGCUGAAACAACAGGAAGAGGUUUUCAGAAAUCUAGAUGCACAGUAUGAAAUGGCGAGAUCACAGACUCAUACGCAAAGAGGAAUGGGAUUGGGGUUUACAUCUUCAAUGCGAGGAAUGGAUGCAGUUUGAAAGAAAAAAAAAAAAGGCAGUUUUAAAGUUUGGGACUAUGGAAGGUUCUUGUUCAAAUGUUGGGUCCUUGUUCACCAAAAAGCUAGCAUUCUAGCUUGCAUGGGUGUUGCAUUGACUUUAAUUUAUUGAAAAAUACAAUUUUUUUGUAAAUAUCAGAUCAGUGAUACUGGUGUUAGUGUUGUAAUCAGGUUAUACCCACUUCCAUUAAACUUGACAGAACUAUAGAAGGACAGUAUUUUUUAGUUAAAGUUCUACUUUUCAAACCAAGCAGCAGAUGGGUUAAACUCAUACAUGGAUAUUUCGUGUCCACUGUCUUGUGUACUUUUGUACUUUAACCUUGUACAGUUAUUUUCAAUUCUUGAAACAUGAAAGAAACAUUGUGUAGAUGUUAUUUAGCAGUCUGGGCCAAUAGGCAUAUAAUGCAGUGCAAAAAACCUGGUUAAUAAUAAAGACAUUUUUUCUCUAA